AUGGAGCGAAUGAAGCUUGUGAAGCUCAUGGCAACUCUGUGGCCUGAAAACAGCAGUGCACCGCUGCCACCCAACACCUCAGGGUCUCCAUUUUCUGAAGACUGGGACCUGGUUUACACCAUUAUCCCCCCAUACAUCUUCACUCUUUCUGUGCUGGGUCUCCUCUUCAACAGCUUCGUUCUGGGGGUUUUCUUCAUCCACAAGGAUCGGCUGACCGUCGCUGAGAUUUACUUGAGCAACCUCGCGCUGGCUGACUUGAUCCUCCUGUGUGGCCUCCCCUUCUGGGGUAUCAGCAUCCUCAACAACUACAACUGGCCCUACGGGGAUUUCUUGUGCAAAAUGGUCAAUUCCAUCAUCAUUAUCAACUUCUACACCAGCAUUUACACUCUGGUGAUGAUCAGCGUGGAUCGAUACCUCGCCAUCGUGAAAACCAUGAAGGCGAGGUGGCUGAGGAGAACACUUUAUGCAAAAGUGAUCUGCUGUGUUUUGUGGUUAUUCAGUCUCCUGCUGAGUACUCCAGCCAUGGUUCACAGAAAGGUGAUAGUGUACGAGGAGUACAAGACAACGGCCUGUGUCCUGGAUUACAGUCACAGCAGCUCUUGGAAGUUGGCCCAUCAGAUCCUGCUGAACCUGGUGGGCUUCGUCCUCCCUGUCCUGGUCAUUGUUUUCAGCAGUGGGAGCAUAAUAAAGGCUUUGGUCCAGAGGAGGGAGCAUGUAGCUUUUCAUGACCUCAAGGACACAAAGGCCACACUACUGAUGUGUGCAGUCGCAGCACUGUUUUUACUUUGCUGGGGUCCUUUUCAGAUUUUCACCUUCCUCGACACACUCUGUGACGUCCACACACUGGAUGAGAAGCUUUGGUCCCACACGCUGGACAUAGGAGGACAGGUUUCAGUGUAUCUGGCGUUUCUUAACAGUGCCCUCAACCCACUGCUGUACGUCUUCUCAGGGCAGUACUUUAGGAGGAAAGUUAGUGCCAUCUACAGGAGGACUAGGAAACACCGCAGAGGAUCAGAUAUGAAUACGUUCCAGCGCUCUGUUGUGUCCACUUACAUUAACAGAGCAGAGCAGAUCAAGCCUGUGGUGAUCUUUUAA